CUGCGGGAAAAAAAGUGGGGCCAAAAUGUUCCUCGUCCUGGUACUGGGGCUCUACGUGGCCGCGGGUGGACUUUUCUCCCCGGUGAGGGGCUGCCCGUCCCAGUGCAGCUGUUUUUACCACAACCUGAGUGACGGCUCCAAGGCCAGGAGUGUGAUUUGCAAUGACCCCGAGAUCUCGCUGGUGCCUGUCGGGUUCCCGGUGGACACGUCCAAGCUUCGUAUCGAGAAGACCGCCAUCCAGCGGAUACCGAGCGAAGCCUUCAACUACCUCUCGGGUUUGGAGUUCUUGUGGAUGUCCUUCAACGCGCUGUCCGUGCUGGGCGCCGACAGCUUCCGCGGACUCUUCAACCUGGAGGAGCUGCGCCUGGACGGCAACGCGCUGGCCGCCUUCCCUUGGGAGUCGCUCACUGACAUGCCCAGUCUGAGACUUCUGGACUUGCACAACAACCAGCUCACCUCGCUUCCGGUGGAGGCCACCACACACAUCAGGAACCUCACCUACCUGGACUUGUCCAGCAACAGUUUGCUGACGCUGCCCAUCUCCGUGCUGGCCAACUGGCUUGCGGCCAAACCCGUCCAAGGGCCCGAGAGCUCCAAAAUGAUCCUGGGUCUCCAUGACAACCCUUGGGCGUGCGACUGUCGCUUGUACGACCUGGUCCAGUUCCAGAAGUCUCCCACUCUGGCUGUGGCGUUCAUCGACACCAGGUUGCGUUGCUCUUCCCCUGAGAGUGUGUCGGGCGUCCUUUUCAGCGAUGCCGAGCUGCGACGUUGUCAGCCCCCGCAAAUCCACACGGCCGUGGCGCGGGUCCGAAGCGCCGUCGGAAAUAAUGUCCUGCUCCGGUGCGGGACCAUCGGGGUGCCCAUUCCUGACCUGACGUGGCGGAGGGCGGAUAAGCGAGUUCUGAAUGGAACGGUCCAGCAGGAAACAUCCAAAGAUGGCAUCACCUGGUCCAUCCUCAGUGUUCCAGGCGUGUCCUAUCGCGAUUCCGGGAAAUACAUAUGCAAAGCGACAAACUACGCCGGGAACGCCGAAGCUGUCAUUUCUUUAGUGGUAUCCAAUUCUCCAAAACAGGAAGGCAAUCAAACCGGCAAUGAGAAGAAGGCCAAAGUGAAAAAAUCCAACCCGGUUGGAAAAGCAGCUUACCAGGAGAAACUGGUAGCCCGAUACGUGGUGCCAACCUCCAUCCCUACGUCUCCUCCGCCGGUCUUGGAUCCUGUCCUUCCACUUGAAAUUGCCGACCCCAGUUUGGACAAUCCCGGUCCUUCCCCCGACCCGUCUCCAUCGUCCAACUCAGACACGCUGCUGGAUCUGGAAAAGACCAACCUCAGCAACCUGGCUGCAAACACCUCAUCUCUCCAGCAAGACCCAGACCGGGUGGUCCGCUCAGUGAAGGUAGUAGGGGACACGGACAAUACAAUCUCCCUCAACUGGCGAGCUCCCAAGGCCAAGAACACGACGGCCUUUAGCGUUCUAUAUGCCGUGUUCGGGGAGAGAGACAUGAGGAAGAUCAAUGUGGGGGCGGGCCAGAAUAGGGUGACCAUCGAAGGCCUCGUGCCCAGAACCAAGUACAUCGCCUGCGUAUGCGUGAGGGGGCUCAUACCCAAGAAGGAACAGUGUGUCAUCUUCUCCACGGAUGAGGCAGCCAGCGCGACUGGCACCCAGAAGCUGAUCAAUGUGAUCGUGAUCACCGUGGCUUGCAUCAUCGCCGUACCCCUCACCGUCAUCGUGUGUUGCGGCGCCCUGAAGAGACGCAUCCAGAAGUACUGGGGUAAAAAAUCCAAGGACAUCCAAGAUUCCUAUGUGACCUUUGAGACAUUGUCACCCGGCACCAAAGCCAAAGGGCUAGAAGGGGAAUACUUGAACAGACUUAACCCGGAAGAGUCUAAUAGAUUGCUGUCGGCCCGCUCCAGCCUUGACUCGGAGGCCACGGCUAAAAUCGAAGGACAGCCUAACGAGUACUUCUGCUGA